AAAAUUGAGGUUAAUUUAGGAUUUGAGGGAGAAGCAGGAGGAAGAAAACCCAUAUUUCAGGCAUGAUGAAGGACGAUUACGAGGUUGAAGAAAAGAAGCAAGCUGCUGCAGAUGUCUUGUUUCAAUAUUCAAAUUUUGUGAUGGCCUGUAUUGGUAAUCAAGUUCGACCUUGUGACUUGAGACUGCAUUUGAUGAAGGAAGUUUCAGGAUUGCCAACUUCUUUGAAGCGGGAAACACGUCCAGCACCUUCUCCUGAUAUAAUGGGAGAAUCCUCAAGCUCAGGUAUCUCAAGACUGGAUAAAGCAGACAGUUUUCGAGGCCCUUAGAUUUGGAAAUUGCAACAUUCUCUUUGUUUUCUAGUUUGCUUUGUGUAAAAUACAAGUAUCAUCAGUUGACGUACUCUUUGAAGCAUGUAGGAUCUUUGUUCAUUUUAUUCUCAGUAGUAUCAGUGUCUUCAGUAAAGCUAUCUCUGUCGCAUACAUGUAUGACAUAAGUAUGCAUUUAUUGUUGUAUUGGCUUAAAACCUUAAACUAUGUCUAGAGUUGACUAUAAUAUAAUUUUUUGAUUAUCCUCA